AUUAUUAAUAAGACGAAACAACAUCUCAUCUUUAUCUUAAGAUGAUGUCAUUGCCACUGAAAACGUAGGAAAUACCGGAAGAGUGGUUUUGUAGUAGUGGUGCCGCCUGUUUUGUCACAGGUGAUGUUCCAAAAACAUAGGACACAGUAAGCGGAGACAGCCAGCGCGUCUUUCUCGUUUGCAACAUUUAAGAGAGGACCCAGGCAGCUCAAUAAGUCUAUUCAUCCAGCGGUCUGCACCCGGACAUGUUACGGCAACCUUGGACACAGAAUAACACGCAUCAAUAGUAGCUGUGCGUGUGCCCCCUGGAGCACUUACUGUAGCUGGGCUGUAGCAGGAUGGCAGAGGCAGACAAAGCCAGUCCGGCGCAUGCCCUGUUCGACAGCUUCGUCCAGGCCGACACCUGCAAGGAAGUGCUGGGCAGCUUUUCUGACUUGUGUCGCCACCUGGAGGUGGAUCCACGCGACUACAAGCACUUUUACGGCAAGCUCAAAGACCGGCUGAACUACUGGAAGGCCAAGGCAUUAUGGGUGAAACUGGACAAGCGGGCUGCCCAUGCCGACUACAUGCAAGGCCAAGUGUGCUCCAAGAACAAGUGCCUGGUGCUGGGAGCAGGGCCGUGUGGUUUGCGCACGGCGGUGGAGCUGGCUCUGCUGGGAGCGCAGGUGGUGGUGCUCGAGAAGAGAGAGUCCUUCGCCAGGAACAACGUGCUCCACCUCUGGCCCUUCACCAUCGUCGACCUCCGAGAGCUGGCCGCCAAGAAGUUCUACGGCAAAUUCGCCACCGGAGCCCUGGACCACAUCAGCAUACGGCAGCUCCAGCUGAUCUUGCUGAAGGUGGCUCUGUUGCUGGGUGUGGAGGUGCACACAGGCGUGGAGUUUCGGGGUCUGAAGGAGCCUUCGGGGAGCUCAGGAUGGAGAGCUCAGUUAUCUCCUGCAGGCCACUCUGCUGCUGAGUUCCAGUUUGAUGUUUUUAUUUCUGCAGGAGGGGGGCGCUAUGUCCCAGAGGGGUUCCAGAGGAAGGAGCUGCGGGGGAAGCUGGCCAUCGGCAUCACGGCCAACUUCGUCAACCGCCACACGCGCGCCGAGGCCCAGGUGCAGGAGAUCAGCGGCGUGGCGCGCAUCUACAACCAGAAGUUCUUCCAGGACCUGCACACGGAGAUGGGUAUUGAUCUUGAGAAUAUAGUUUACUACAAAGAUGAUACGCAUUACUUUGUCAUGACGGCCAAAAAGAAGAGUCUGUUAAAGAGAGGUGUCAUCAAACAGGACUUCAGCGAUGCUGAGCAGUUGUUGGCCCCGGGUAACGUGUGCCAGGACGCUCUGAUGCACUACGCGUACGACGCCGCCGAUUUCUCCACCGGCCACCUUCUGCCCGACCUGGAGUUUGCCCGUAACCAUGCCAACCGGCCAGAUGUGGCCAUGUUUGACUUCACGUGCAUGCAUCGUGCAGAAAACGCCUCGCUCGUCAGGGAGAGGAAGAGCAAGAAACUGCUGAUGGCCCUAGUGGGGGAUUGUUUGGUAGAGCCAUUCUGGCCUCUAGGGACUGGUGUAGCUCGCGGGUUUCUUGCAUCACUUGACACGGCGUGGAUGGUGAGGAGCUGGGGCAAGGGAAUGGCUCCCCUUCAGGUCAUUGCAGAAAGAGAGAGCAUCUACAAGCGGCUGUCUCAGACCAGCCCAGAGAACACCAACAAGAACUACGCCGGCUACAGCCUGAACCCCUCCACCCGCUACCCCAACCUCAACACGAGCGCCAUCUCACCCAACCAGGUACAGCAUCUGUAUGAUCGUGCAGACCUCUCUGCAGAAGAGAGCCGCAAGAGAACGCUGAAGCAAACGACUCGCCAACGCAAUGUGUCGGGUAGUGCCACUCUGGGUAGCCUGCUGAAAUGGUGCCAGAGCAACACGAGCGGGUACAGGCGGGUGAAGGUGCGGGACCUGAAGGAGUCGUGGAGGUCAGGACUGGCUCUGUGUGCCCUCAUCCACCGCUUCAGACCAGACCUCAUGAACUUCUCCACCCUGGAUGAGUCCAAUGCAGCCUACAAUAACCAGCUGGCGUUUGACGUGCUGCAGCGAGAGCUGGGCAUUGCCCCAAUCAUGUCUGGGGCCGACAUGGCGAGCUGCGCCCAGAUCGACCAGCUGUCCAUGAUGCUGUACCUCUCUCAGAUCCAAAGUGCCUUCUCCAAACGGGCGCCACCUACAGGUCAGCAGAAUGAUGAAAUCAGUCUGCUGGCGCCCUCCAAGCCACUUUCCCUUUUCACCGCCCGAUCGGCCGUCAGUUUCCUGAACAAGCUGAAACACAACUCCCUGCAGCGCCGCAAGGAUAGCCUGGCUGCAGAGCGGCAGAAGAAGAGUACGACGAUGAGGAAGGAGGAGGGGGAGGAGGAGGAGGCGGCGACCCCCGUUGUCCCCGUGACCCCCCCGACCCCCCCUGACGGGCCCGAGGCCCCCCUGGACAGCGAGGUGUGCUGCUUCUGUAGCCAGCGGCUGUACGUGCUGGAGCGGGAGAGCGCCGAGGGCAAGUUCUUCCACCGCAGCUGCUUCACCUGCCACCGCUGCAGCGCCACCCUCAGGCAGGGAGGCUACUCGUACCACCAGAGCACCGGAAGGUUCUACUGUGAGCUGCACUCUGAGGAAAUGGAAUUGGGCCACAGGAAUCUGUCCACACUCUCAGAGGAUGACUCGGGCUCGAGUGGAGAGGGCAGCGACGGAGACGGAGGGAUGUACUGGAAGAGCGAGGAGAGCAAGUCCGACCCGUCGCCCGCCUCGGUGGACGCGGCCGUGGCAGAGAGGCCCGCCGACCCUCUCCCCGUCCCCGAGAAGGACUCCGCGCGCAGGCCGCUCCAGCUGCCGGAGCCCGGGCACAAAACGCCGUCCGAGGACUCCGCCGGCGUCAGCCCGGUGCCCGCUCCGCGCGGGGCACGGGCACGCCAACCUCAGUCCCCCCCCACGCCAAAGCCACGCAACAUUCAUCUUCCACCCUCCCCUACCAAGCCCUCACAUCCCCCAGAUCAACCAUCCCCUACCAAGCCCUCACACUGCCCAGACCAGCCUGAGAGAAAGCAGGAGGAGGAGGAGGCGAAGGAGGAGGUGAAGGAGGAGGAGGACGAUCUCUCCAGCGGGACGCCCAGCAGCCAGGCGGAGAACGGGAGCGACACCGGCGCCUCGCCCAGGUCGGAGACGGGCAAGCUGCGCAAGCUGCAGCUGUCGGACGAGGAGCGCAGCCAGCUGGGCAGCCUCAGCUACAGCCAGGACUCGGACUCGGAGACGCCGGCCUCCUCCUCGGCCUCGUCGGCCUCGUCCUCCAAGCGCGCGGACGGGGCCACGGAGGGGGGCGGGGCCGGUCAGGAGGAGGGCUACUGGAACGCGGGCCGCCAGGGCAGCCACAUGCGCGAGCAGCGCAACCGCCGCUGCGUGCGCAGGAAGACGGAGCCGCCACACGGGGGCGCCAACGGGAAGCAGCGCUCCAAGUUCUCCCCCUGGAACCUGUCGUCCCCGCGCCUCACCCCGCACCACCGCCUCAGCGUCCACGUCAUGGGGGCAGAUGAUGUUCACUCAAGUACAUAUGCAUCAGGAGAAGAGAAUGGUGAUGAUGAGGAUGAUGACUUCUUCAUGUAUGGAGACAACAUUGAUUUUCUGGACCAACAGGUCCCCUCUAACCCAAUGGAGGCACACAAGUUGGAGCUGCGCAAGAUGAGGACGCUGGAGCGCCGGGCCAAGAUGAGUGAGAUCCAGCGCUUCCACAGAGCACAGUCGAUUCAGCGCCGGCUGGAGGAGAUCGAGGUGACGUUUAAGGACCUGGAGGAGAAGGGGGUGGACCUGGAGAGAACGCUCAGGGAGGAGUCAGGUGACCCACCACAGACCAACCAGACGAUAGGCCCACACCCUCCACCACACCCCCAGACACCAUCACCACCACACCGCUUACAUCCACCACAUGAGCAAUCUCAACCACCCUCAGAGUCGGCUGAUUCGGACCUGAUAGGCCAGUGGAUAGAGCUGGUCCAGCAGAAGAACGCGCUGGUGUCUGAGGAGUCGGACCUCAUGGUGGCCUCACGCCAGCUGGAGCUGGAGGAUAAGCAGAGCAUGCUGGAGAUGGAGCUGAGGCGGUGCAUGGAGAUGAGUGCAGACUCGGAGAAGAGUGCGGAGGAGCGCGAGGCGGAGGAGCGGGCGCUGGCGGAGAUGCUGGAGGUGGUGGACAUGAGGAACUCCCUGGUGGCCUUCCUGGAGGAGAAGAGGCUCAAGGAGCUCAGCGAGCCCCAGCUCACCCCCUCCUCCCUGCUGGAGACCAAGAGGCACUCCACCGCCAGCGCCCAUGUGCUCUGGGACUGAGGGGGCCCCAACUCACACACACACACACACACACACAUGCACACACACACACACACACACACACACCGCCAGCGCCCAUGUGCACUGGGACUGAGGUGGCCCCAGCUCACACACACACACACACACACACACACACACACACACACACACACACACACACACACACACACACCGCCAGCGCCCAUGUGCACUGGGACUGAGGUGGCCCCAGCUCACACACACACACACACACACACACACACACACACACACACACACACCGCCAGCGCCCAUGUGCACUGGGACUGAGGGGGCCCCAGCUCACACACACACACACACACACACACACACACACACACACACACACACACACACACACACACCACACCCCGCCAGCGCCCAUGUGCUCUGGGACUGAGGGGGCCCCAGCUCACACACACACACACACACACACACACACACACACACACACCACACCCCGCCAGCGCCCAUGUGCUCUGGGACUGAGGGGGCCCCAGCUCACACACACACACACACACACACACACACACACAGACACCACAUACAGUACUGUACACAUACACACACACACACACACACCACCAGCGCCCAUGUGCACUGGGACUGAGGGGGGCCCAGCACACACACACACACACACACACACACACACAGACACCACAUACAGUACUGUACACAUACACACACACACACACACCACCAGCGCCCAUGUGCACUGGCACUGAGGGGGACCCCAGCUCACACACACACACACACACACACAUGCUACAUGUCUUCACAAACACACUCCUCACGUAUGUGCUUAAUACACAAUACUUUUUCAUGCACGGCGUCGUUAUGAGACUUAUGAACUUGAAAAGCCAAAGACUUUGAAGAUAUUUCCGUUUCACAUACGUGUAUAUGCACAUACUCAAACAAGCAAACACACACAAAUAGAUGCACACACACACACACACACACACUCACAGAGCCCUCACUGCCUAGCCUUAAGAGUCUGAAAGGAAGCGGCGUUCGUUCUCUCUUUCUUUCCGUCUCCCUCCUGUUUCUCUCGCUCUCUCUCUCUCUCUGCUGACUCAGCUCACCUGAGAGCCCGCGCUGUGGUAUUUUAAUCACACGCCGAUACGAUUAAGAGAUUAUGAAUGUACAUAACGUCAUUAUCUACACUCCUCACAUCUAGUGGGCCUCAGCCAAGCACAUAACGAACUAGAGAUGAUGCUCAUAUCCUUAUUACUCAAAAGUAUUUACAAUGUGUCAUAUUUGAUAUAUUUAGAGAUUUAUGCUAUCCAGUUUUUGGAGUGUGAUACAAUCACAGAAGAAUAUUAUAUCAUUAUUUUGUCGAUGUAAUUAUUGUUAUAUCCUGAGGACAUUAUUAUUAUGGUUAUUAUUAUGAUGGUUAUUAUUAUUAUGAUUCAUUAAUAUCCUACUCGGUGACAUUUGAGCACAUUUUGCAUGCAUCAUUGGUAUUGUUCAGUUGAAUGGUGAUUCUCAGGGCUGGGGCAGAAAUGUCAUGUGGUGUACUGCCUGCCAAGCAGAUAGACACUCAUCCACAGUGUUAAUGAGUCAUGGGUUUCAAAAGCGCUCAAUGGUGUUUUUUUUGCCCCCAACGGCACCUUCCAGGCAGCACAGCCUAAAAGGCACUACCUUAACCCUAUUCCUAACCCUAACCCCCUCAACCCUCAUCCUACCCCUACACUGAGGGGAGUAGUGCCUUGAAGGCAGCGCUGCCUGGAAGGCACCAUUGAGGGCAAAUAAUACCAAAGACCUUCAAAAGCGUGCUGAGAUGCUCGGUUGGGAGAGCAAAGGGUUAAUCAAAGAAAUGAUUCUCAAAGGUGAGCCUCACUUGCUCUGUUCACAUUAACCAUGUAGAGCUGUCUUCGUGACAAUGUAGCAAAACUUUGAGGCUGAACAUUACCUUGUAAAAGCUGUGUUUCUUUUGUUGAUGUUUUUAUUUUUUUUUCCUUUCAUUGUUGCCUUUGUUUGUGCAGCCGGGACUGCUUAAAGUACAAAAUACUAAUAAAUAUUGGAUUGCUUUGCAUUCUAAUGUGGUUUUGGAGCCAAGUCAAGCAGAAGUCAAGUCAUUGUACACAAGUAAUUUGGACUCAUUUAAUCCAAACACAGACCAUGCACACACAAAAGCACGUGCACACACACACACACACACACACACACACACACACACACACACACACACACACACACACACACCCUUUCAAUACAAACACACUCAAAUACAUACUGUCUAUACAUGGAUAGCCAUGUUUGGGUGAACAAUGACUAAAGCAACAAACUCAAUAGUUAGGCCUAUCCUAUUGUAGGCUUUUCCUACAAUGAUUGAAAGCCACUAUAUGUAUGAAAGAAAGAAUAGCCUGUUUAUUGAGGGACCAGUAUGUUCUAACUAGUUUCAAGAGAAGAUGUAUUUUGUAUUUUUGUGAAUGUCAAUAAAAAAGUGCAUAUA